AUGGACUGUGCCUACCUUUUGAGUUAUUGUUGCUUUGGGACCAUACACUGUGCAUUCCACAAGCGAGAGCCUCUCCAGAUUGGUUUCCUACUCGAAGCUCGAACCGCGUGUGGUGGAUUGGUGCUGGCCGACGAUAAGGAACGUGUAAUGACGUUCAGCGAUCUCGAGGAAGAAGUCUGCAACAUUACCAUCCGUAAAAGAGAGGAAUCGGAUUCUGGAAUAGUAUUGAGACUUUGGAGCGAGUUGUCAGCCGCGGUUAUCUCAAAACACCGGUGCAGCAAAAAUGUACUUUUGGGAACAGCUAUAUCUGACGUUCAAUUGCGAUGGUGGCGAAGCUGUACAGUAAAUCUCAAUUCACUUGCAUUCCUCGAAAUAUCUUUGCAGCACACGCGAGCGGUCGCACAAUCUCGCGAAGCCAAGGGACCGUACCUAAUCGAGGCAGCUGCCACUCAUGAAGAGUUCCGUGCCAAAAAUGAGAUUCGAAUCGCAUUUGUGAAAGGGAAUACGUUGCUUGCGACUAGAAUGGCUAUCGCCUAUUCGACAACUAUCGAUAAAUGUGGAGGAGAAAUCACCGCCCGCGAAGGAUACAUUAGCAUCCCCGAAAUUCAAGGCGAUUUCGAUUGCAUAUGGACGUUACGCGAAAAUCCUGGAAACGGUGUGAGAGCGUCUGUAACGUGA